UCUCAUAGUCCUGCGACAAGUAUAAUCAGCUACGAUACCAUUUUCCAAUAAUGUGUGUACACCCGUAGCAACUGACAGUCCUUCCGAGGCAUUACAGUAAAUUAAAAUUUACAUACCAAUAAUUAUAGUGCAUUUAUCAUUAAAGUAUUGUUUUUUAACAAUGUAAUUAGCAUGCGUAUAGUUUUUUCUCUUCAACAAAAAUAACCGUCUGCUAUGUGUACGUAAAGAAGCAUUUAAAAAGUAAUUUUGAUUUCAAACGACGACUGAGCUGAGUAAUGAAUAAACAGUGUACAUGCACAAAUGCAAUGGAGUCUCCUUCAAGUGAUAACUCUGAACUAGUUAAAUAAAAUUUGGAAGACAUUCAAUCUUAUAUGAUUGACGAGAAAAUAUCCAAGCACAAAAAGAUAAGCUCAAAGACUGAUAUAAAAUAAUUAAGCAUCAACAUUUUAUUUGAAUAAAAUUUAUAUAAAAAUGGGCAAGUGUUGCAGUAAGAGACAAGAACCCCAACCUAUUGUUUAUAAAAAAGCUGAAGUUGCUUUAAGUUCAAAACACAGCAAUGGAGGCUCUUUGGACAGAUAUACAGCUGAUCCAAAUCAAAGAGGAGUUCAAACUCGGGCUGAUAUUAUUCGUCCAAGACCCACGCCUUGUAAGAUACAGAUACUUGAUCAAUCUCGUAAAACAAAUUCACCUGUUAUUUUAUCAGCAUCUCACUCACAAAGAGUAAAUAAAAUAGUUGUGGCGCUAUAUAAUUAUACUGCAAGAGAAAGCACAGACGUGAGCUUUGUAAAGGGUGAUCGAAUGGAAGUGUUAGACGAUUCAGAAGCUGACUGGUGGCGAGUAUUCCAUUUAAGAACUCUUCAAGAAGGUCUUAUACCAUGGAACUUUGUAGCAGUUGAGCGUUCAGUUGAAAGUGAAGAUUGGUUCUUCGAGAAUGUUUCAAGAAAAGAAGCUGGUAAGCUACUACUCGUUGAUGAAAAUCCACGAGGUACAUUUUUAGUAAGACCAAGUGAGCACAACCCUCGAGGUUACAGUUUGUCAGUAAAAGAUUGGGAGGAAGGUCGAGGCCAUCAUGUAAAGCAUUAUAAAAUAAAACCACUUGACAACGGUGGAUUUUUUAUCGCUACCAAUCAAACUUUUCCAACUUUGCCAGCUCUUGUAAUGGCCUACAGCAAAAAUGCCCUCGGUUUAUGUCAUGUAUUAUCAAAACCAUGCCCUAAACCACAACCUGACAUGUGGGAUCUUGGACCAGAAUUACGUGACAAAUGGGAAAUAAAUCGUAGUGAGAUACAACUUAUACGUAAACUCGGACAUGGUAAUUUUGGUGAAGUUUAUUAUGGAAAGUGGCGUAAUCAAAUAGAAGUUGCUGUUAAAACAUUAAGACCAGGAACAAUGUCGACCGAAGCAUUUCUUCAGGAAGCUGCCAUUAUGAAACAAUUUAGGCACAGGCAUUUAGUUGCUUUGUACGCUGUUUGUUCCAAAGAAGAGCCUAUUUACAUUGUACAAGAGUACAUGUGUAAUGGAAGCCUAUUAGACUUUUUAAGAACUGGUGAUGGCAAGUAUAUGCAAUUCGAAGAUCUCAUUUAUAUUGCUGCACAAGUUGCUUCUGGAAUGGAACAUUUGGAGAGUAAACAGCUUAUUCAUCGAGACUUGGCAGCAAGGAAUGUACUUAUUGGUGAAAAAAAUAAAGCUAAAAUCUGUGAUUUCGGUUUGGCAAGGGUUAUUGAAGAUGAUGAAUAUUGUCCGAAGCAAGGUAGUAGAUUUCCAGUCAAAUGGACUGCACCAGAAGCUAUUGUUUAUGGCAGAUUUAGUAUUAAAAGUGAUGUUUGGUCUUACGGUAUACUGCUCAUGGAACUUUUUACAUACGGUCAAGUUCCCUAUCCAGGCAUGCAUGGCCGAGAAGUAAUUGAACAAGUUGAUAAAGGAUAUCGGAUGCCUAAGCCAGCUAAUCAACCAUUACCAGAUAGCAUUUAUCGCCUCAUGUUACAAUGUUGGGACGCUUGUCCCGAGAAGAGACCUACAUUUGAAUUUCUCAAUCAUUACUUUGAAUCAUUUAAUGUAACAAGUGAAAUACCAUAUUUAGAACCACCAACAGACUGAUACACGGCUCAUAUGAUGCAGGGUCAUGCUGUACCGCAUGGUCAUUAUCAUCCGGCUCAUUACAAUUGUGCCAUGGAAUUUUAUGGAAUUUAUUGUUGAAAUCCAUAAUCAACGAAAAAGUUUUAAAACAAAAAAGGAAAAAAAAAACAAAUUCCAAUGUUAAAUUAUUUAUGAGUGAGUAUUUACUUUUUUUUUUCUUUUGUUUCUAUAAUUAAAAAAAUCAUUCCGAACACUGCCAGAAUGUAGCCAGUAAACGGAUUUAUCAUUUACAAUCGAUAUUUAACUGCGUGCCAUAAAAUUUGAUUAAUUAGUUACGGAGAAUUACAAAUAAGGCAUAAUGUUUUUAUUUUUUGUAAAUUAUUACGAAAAGUAUAAAAAUUUUAUUAAAUCUUAAACAAUUAAGUAAAUGCAUUUGAUCUUUUUUCAAUAAUAAUUAAAAUAUUUCUGGAAAAAGAAUUAAAAGACUUUUUUUGAGACUAAAAGGAGGAGUAAAAAUUUAUAAGUGGAUCAAAUUUUUUAUCUUUUACAAAAUUGUAGAAAAAUAGUGUAUUUAAUAAAAUAUCAACUAAAUUUUGUUCCUUGCAAAAUGUUAACAUUGUAGUGAUUAAUAAUAAUAAGAAUGAAAUAAGAACAAUUGUUUAUUAAUUAUAAUAGAAACAAAGAAAAAAUUAUGACGAUUAAAAAUUCAAUAGUUAAAAUAAGUCUAUAGCACAAAUCAAGAGCUGAACCAUGUCAGGCAAUUUUACUAGUGAUGCUUGCACAUAAUAUGUGCAAUUAAAUAUCCUAAUGCAAUCGUAAAAUUAAUUUAUAAAUAAAUAAUUAUUUCUCAAACAUUUGUUUAUUGCUGUGAUCCAUUAUUUUUAUGAAAAAAAAAAAUGAGUCAAUACCUGAAUAUAAUUAUUCUGGUAAUUUUAUGCAUUUACUUUUUUCUUUUGAAUUUUAUAUUAUUAUAAUAAUUAAUCGAUUAACAUAGUUUGUCAUCAUUCAUUUGAUACUAUUAUAUUUAUUUAUAAAAAUAAAUGUAAGAAUAAUUUUUAUUCAAAUUAAAAGCAGUGUAGCCGUCGAACAAAAUUUUUAUAAAAAAAAUAUGUAUUGAAAGAUGACGAGUGUAUGUUUUACUGAGUAUGUGUGAACAAUUUCGUAAAAUUCAUACUUAUUGAGAACAAAAGUAAUAAUAAUAACAAUAAUACUAUUAAUAAUUAUAAUAAUAACAACAAAAAAAAACAACAACAAUAAUAAUUAUUAUUAUUAUUAUAAUUAUAACAUAACAAUAUACAGAGAAAAUGCGAAAAAAAUAAUCUUAAGUCAUCGAUGUUACUCGUACAAAGUAUUUGAAAAAUAAAAGCCCUGUAAAUUUUAUACUUAAAAGUAAAAGACAGUAAAUUAGUUUAUAUGUUGAAGUAAAUAAGUCAUCGUAUGUGUAAUUUUGAAAUAUUUAUAAAGAAUCACCGCCAGAAAUUAUAUUAAAUAGUUACGAAAAGCCAAAAAAGAAACAAAUAAAUUAAUUGAAUCUCAAAAGAAUAUGACGAAAAAUUUAUUUUAUUGAUUUCUAAGAUAAGUGUUGAAACAUAUAUAUUACAUCUGGACAGGAUCCGUCGAUAUUAAUGAUCAACUUUAAUAAUAAUGCUGAUCUAGGGUAGAUUAUUAAUACUAAAAUAUGAUUGAAUUGAAAAAGUAGUGUAGUCUGUACGUCCAAUAGAAUGUUUUCUAAGAUUUUAUACAACUAAAAAAUUAAUGUUACGUUAUGAUAUUCGAGUAAAGUGAAUAUUCGAAAUAUGUUAUUUAUUUAAAACAA